AGGCGUAGCCUUGCUGCGGCGAGGCUUGGGCGUAGGAGGAGGAGAAGGGGUAGCUCAUGCUGGGCGCAGUGGCGCGGCGGCCGGUUGCGAGGAAGUGCGCGCGGAGAGAGGGCGCAAGGCGAGGCUGCGGACGUGAGAGCGCCUAGAGAGCGACGAGUGGUGGUGAAGUCGAGUUGUGGACUGGAGCUGAGAUGGCCAAGGGCGAGGUCGAGGUGAGGACCGACGGCCCGUGAGGCGCUGCAGGGCCCAGCACACAGGCGUGAGGCGGUGCCGUGCCGCGCCGCAUGACCGGCGCCGCCGCCGAGGUGGAGCUCGCCCCUCUGAGCGGCUGCUGCUGCGAUGCGCGGGGCUGUGCCGCCGCGCUGCCAAAGUCGCCGCCUGCACCGCCAAAAGGCGCAUGACGCGGCUGAGAUGCGGCGGGCGCCACGCUGCUGCGGCUGCCUGCGCCCGCUCGCCAACGCCUGCGCUAAGGCGUUGCAAGAUGUUCAAUCGCGGCACCGACGAUCUCGCAACGGUGCGCGCUCAAGACGAGGGGCGCUUCAAGCUCGCCGACGAGGAGCAAGCGUGAAGCUCGAGGCUGGGCCUCGCCGUCGAGCUCGGCGGACAGGCAGGCCUGCGGUCUCGCAAGGGCCGACGGACGCGGGCAUGCGCGUCUGGUGCUGGCACAGCCGCACCUCGCCCUCUUGUUCCCCCGCUCUUCAGGGGCCAUGCCUUGCAUCGGGCGAGCGGCGCGAAGCAGCUCACUUUCCAAGGCACUCUCCUGGCGGGAGCUUGGCUGCCUGCCUGCUGUGAUGCUGCGAGGGCGAAAUUGGCCUCGCUCCUCUACCGGCCUGCGCUGACUGGGCGCCCAGGAGUGGAGAAAGAGGAGACUCGC